AUGGAGUACACCCUUGAGCCGCUUCAUGAUAACAAUUUCCCCACCGCCGACCAAGUGACGCGGCAGGUCUUUCUGACGAACACACAACUCCUUGAUCUCGGGGCCAGUGGCGCAUUUUGGACUGUGAACAAUCACACAUGGACCGGAAUGAAUGAGCAUCAAGACGGAAAACCUUACAAUAACACAACUCCGAGUGACAACGCCCCUUACUUGAUUCAGAUCUACAACGAAGGUAGCAAGGCGAUCCCGGAUUAUGAGAAUGCUGUUCAAAAUCACGCAGGCUGGGACCCUGAAUUCAAUGUUUACCCCGCCAGGCUCGGCGAAGUGAUUGAUAUUAUCCUCCUCAAUCAGCCCAACGGCCAGGAUGGUGGUGGAAGGGGAACGUAUAACGCGACGGAGAACGAGAUGAAGCUACAGAACUACCGUCCUAUCCAAAGAGACACGUCAUUUCUCUAUAAAUACACCUAUGAUGACGAUGCUACUGCUGCCGAUGCUUAUACUGACCAAGGAUGGCGGGUGUGGCGUUUGAGAGUUGCAAACCCGGGUGUCUGGAUGAUACACUGCCCUACUCUACAGCAUAUGGUAAUCGGUAUGCAAGCUGUCUUUGUCAUGGGAAAUUCAUCCCAGAUAACUCGUGUAGUUUUACCUGAUCUGGUGGAAGGAUCUCUCACAUAUGGUGGAGAUGCAUAUGGAAACUCGACUUAUGAUCCACUUGUAACACAUUCUCACGAUGAGGAGGCCUGA